CAGGAAACGAACGAGUGAGCUUUUGACAUGAGGACUAUUUGUUCACAUUAAGGCUGCAAGGAUGAGAAUAACCUGAUUAGGUCUCCAAUGUAACAUUAAAGCAUAGGAAUAAGUAAACAGACUGAUUCAGCUUCAAAUACCUGGAUCAUCUCCCACCAAACAAACAAUGGACAAGUCUCUUAAAACGCUGCUGGAAAAGCACAACACCCAAGUGCGUAAAAACCGCACUGCGCUGAAACGGAUCAUUGAUGCCGCAGCUUGUUUAGGUGUAAUGGAGGAUGUGAUGUUCAGGGAUUUCGAGGGAACUCCUUGGGACCGUUCUCUCGAUGAAAUGUACAGUGAUCUUUGCAAGGCGCUCUUCUGCCAUGACAGUUCUCGGGCCUCUCUGGAACACAUGAAAAAUCUUGCCCUAUCUAACUGUCUUCCAAGCGUCAGCGACCUGAUUGCAUGUAGCGCCGAAGCUCUCCUAGGUGAGAUCAAAAAAGAUAUCAGAGCAGCUCCUUUCUUUGCAAUGCAAAUUGAUGAACACACCGACGCCAGCGGUCAAUUCCUACACUCCAUCACGGUGGGGUUUGUAGACAAGUUUGGAUCCAUUCAGGAGCAUUUCCUUGGCUUCCAUAACGUUACGAGACGAGAUUCACAGUCGCUGUGUGGCUUUAUAAAAGCGCAAAUGGCCGACUUUGACAUCAAGAACAAACUGGUGGCUUAUGCCUAUGAUAGGAAGGUUGUGUGUGCACGUGAGCUUAACCAGCUGAAUACGAAAGUGAGGGAGAUGGCUCCAAACGCUGUCUUCAUUAACUCCUCCGCACAUCACCUCGGCUCUGUGCUCAGUGAUGGCGCUGUAUGUAUCAGUGAGGCCGCUGUUUUCUUUUCUCAACUGAAGGGCUUCGCCUCAUUCUUCUCAGCCUCCCUGAAAAGGCUGAAGACAUUCCACGAAGCCUGGAGCGCCUUGUUCAAAGCCCGUCUUAAAUUGAGCCUUGACCUCACUUCGAUAUCACGCCUCAACUUGACGCUGCUUACCGCUGUGGCCAGCAACUACGAUGAGGUUUACGACACCAUGUACCACAUCAUGAACCAGAGACAGCCUCGCAUAGACAGCGAGAUCAGCUCCUCUGCCAACAGCCUGGUUUUGAUCCUGGAGGAUUUCGAGUUUGCAUUCCUGCUCUUCACCUACGAGCAGGUCUUCCCAAACAUUGAGUUUGCGUUCGACAAACUGAAGCUCAAAGCCAUGGACGUGGCAGCCUGCCAGGAUUGCCUCGCUGAACUGAUUUGCCACAUUCAGACCAAAAAGUUGGACUCUGCAUUCGAAAGCGCGUACCAGCAAGCAGCCAAUUAUACAGAGCACCCAGGUGAGACCCUCCGGAGGAAGAUGAAGCGAAGUGGCAACGGCAUUGGGCCAGACGAAGACCCUCAGACUCACUUCAAGGCCCUGUACCACACAGUUCUGGAAAACCUCAUCUCUCAGAUCCAGGAGCGUUACACACAUCUGGACGACCUACGGUUCCUCGAGCUGCUGGAUCGAGACAAGUCCACGGGAAAUGAAUGUCCAUUUCCGACAGAGGCCUUCGAAAGCCUGGCGAAGCUCUACGGUGGCUUCUUCGACAUGGACAGGCUCAGAGCGGACCUGAAGGAGCUUUACGCAGACCAAGGACUGCAACGGGACAGUGUCCGUCACUGUGACUGGAUCCGAUCCCAGAGGAGAAACAAGAAGUCCUUGCCGGAGCUCUACAGGCUGUUGUGCUUGAUGGCGACCAUCGGGGUCUCUUCAACCGGCAUGGAUGAGGUGGAGCACUUCCUGAAACGCAUUGAGGACUUUGCGAAAUCGGCAAAGGUGCAAGACCAACUCCACAAGGAUAUGGCCAUGCUGUUCAUCGAGAAGGAUCGGCUGGAGACUUUUCAGAAGAAACAUAUCUGGUACGACAGCGUCACCGACCUCUGGGCCAGAAAGACCAAGAGAGAAGCAGAAUUCAUCAUCAAGACAGCUGAGGACUGGUUGAAAAGAGCAUCGGCGCCAAUGAAAUCUCCGGGCUCACAAGUCAGUAAGCAGAAAGCUGUAUCCAAGGUGUCUGGGCCCAACGUGGCAGUUAAGGAUAAUGACAAGCUCCAUGCAACCCAGGGUGGUACAGCAGAGGCAGGACAGAUCAUCAUAGAGAAGUCAAAGGAUGGCACCAAAGCCAAGAAACCUGAGACCACAGGAGCCCAACACACUUGAAAAGCCACUGAGCAGGGAGUACCAGUAGAGUGCAGUAAGUACAAUUGACCACUAGAUGGUGCUCUGAGUAACUAAAACUGAUUUCCGCACUCAGACGUCACCUAUGUCUUGGAAGAAGAACAUUACAUCUGUACCUUGGGAACACAAUUUUACAUUUCACAAUUUCAUAUUCUACCUAUAACUUAAAUACUUGAAAGAAGAGUUUUCAUUGGCCUGUUGUCUGGAGCGUCUGCUCAGUUCACUGUAUAACCAAACUGAUGACUUUAGGUUCAAACUAAUAGUUGUUUACCUUUUACCCCCUAAGGAAAAUGUACAUCAGAAUUUGAGUUAACCAAGUUGUCAACUGUAAUUUUGUUUUCAUGAAAAUAAAUGUUGUUUUAAUGACAAGAACUAGUUGCACUUUCUACAGGUUGUGUAUGACCUACUUUCAUUGUAAAAAGCUUUGUUUGAAUAGAACAACUUAUAAAAUGGUGCCUUUUUAUCUUCUGUAAAUUCUAAAGUUGGUUUCCACACCAUAUUUUGAGAUUAGGUUAUUUUACGGUUCCCUUUUCUACAAUGUACAGUAUGAAGAUGUCAAGGUCUGUUUACAAGACUUCAGUUGAAUAUGGAUUCAUCUGGAUUUUCAGUGUGUUUGUUAAAUGGCACCAUGUUACUUUGCCAUGUUAAGUUGUUUAUGUUACUGCCUGAGCUUUAGCUGAGCCCAAGGCAGGUCUCUAUAAACAGGUCAAUUGAGGCUCAAUAAAAUGAGGAUCCUCCAGUC